CCGCCAUCUGGCGUCAUUUUUGAGCAGUGUCUCGUUUUCGUCUGUUUCUGCUCCCAGCUCGACAACACGAAACCUUAGGUAUUUGCGCUCAUCUCGGUCCGUUUCGUGGGGCUGCGGUGGGGGACGCACGUGGCACCCCAUGAGCUUCAAGCCCCGGGACCUCCUGCAGGCCAGCUGAGAGCGACAAAGCAGAGAGGAUCUCAGACAUGGCCAUCCAGCUUUCUGCGGACUAGUCCCGUAGACGCAGCCUACUGCCCUUCACCACUGCCUCAACAUGGAAGGCGAGGACACGGGCCUCGCGCAGGCCUCGCUGCGUGUGGGCGAAGAGGCCGACGUGCGCAGCCCCUACAUGUCUGAAGUGGACGCGGCGGUGGCUGGCUGGCUGAAGGCCCACGAGUGUGGCGCCCUGACGCCCGAGGUGUUGCGUGCUUUCUGGGCGACGCACGUGCCUCCACUGCUGAGCCCGCCCCUCAACUGCCGCCCGCUGCAGCUGGCCUACGACGAGGCAACACUACGCAAGACGCUGCUCGACUCGCUCGAGAGGUUUGUCUGCGGGACCUCAGAUCCGCGGGGCUACUUUGAGGAGCUGCGUCGGAUGGAGUCGCCCCCGACAUUGUGUGGCCGAGUGUUCAAGUCCGGCGAGCCCACGUACUCCUGCCGAGACUGCGGUCUUGACCCUACCUGUGUCCUCUGUGUCGACUGCUUCAAAAGCAGCGAGCACAAGAACCACAAGUACAAGAUGAGCAUGAGCUGCGGUGGCGGCUACUGCGACUGCGGUGACCUUGAGGCCUGGCGGUCGUCCCCGUUCUGCGAGACCCAUGGGCGUGCUGUCAAGCAGCAGGAGGAGGGCCGGGAUGGGGAUGAGCCCAAUCCCCUGGACCGGCUCCCUCCGGACCUGGUGAGCCGCGUGGAGCUUGUGCUGCGGGCGGUGCUGCUCUACUGCCACCAGAUGCUCACGUGGGGCAAGUCCACCGAACUUCCUCCGGACCUCGCCCUGACGCCUCUGCCGGGACUGCCCGACACCUACGUCACCAUGCUGUUCAACGAUGAGACGCACACCUACGAACAGGUGAUCCAGACCCUGAACAGGGCCAUCGAGUGCUCACACCGAGAGGCCAUCGAGUACGCAACCAUGGUGGACCGUGAGGGCCGCAGCGUGGUCCGAAGCUCAACGUUCAGUGAUUGCCUGCAGGUGAAGCAGCACAUUGAGCGGAUCACGUCCCGGCACGGCAGUCGGCCCCUGCGGGUGCUGGUGAUGCACUCGUCGGUGGUGGCGCACCAGUCGUUCGCCAUGCGCCUGCUUGGCUGGCUGCAGGGCUUCCUUGCACAGUGCCAGGCGUUUCGUCUGAUCCUGAGUGACGUGAUGAUGGCGCCGACGCCCGAGGAAGGCUUCGCGCUGGUGCGGUGCAUCAUGCGCUCCGAUGCGCACCUCUGGAAGACGGCGCGUGCCCAGUGGCACCAGAUUCUCAUUGGGGGCAUGCUCAUGGAUGCCCGGUGCAAGCAGGACUUUGCCCGGGCCUUCACGCGCGACUACCCCGACCUGCUCAAGGAGUUUGUGGCCGACGACCACGAGCAUCCGGUCUCCAUCACCUCGCUGUCGGUGCAGAUCUUCACUGUGCCCACGUUGGCGCACCUGCUCGUUGCCGAGGAGAAUGCGAUUGUUGUCCUGCUCAGGGCGUUCUUGUCAGAGUGCGAGAAGCACCGCAACACGGAGGGGCGGCUAGCCUUCGAGCGGAACCAUGCCAACGUGGCCUUCCGGCGGGCCCAGUUCGUCCUGUACGACCUGCGCUACAUCCUCUCGGUGCCCCCUGACGUGUGGACCGACAAGCUGCGGAAGGGUUUCCUCUACGGCGUGACGUCUCUGCUCAGCCUGCUCACCUGGAUGCAGGGGAUGGACUCGGUCGUCCGCCAGGUGGGCCAGCACGUCGAGUUUGAGGCCGAGUGGGAGACGGGCAUCAACAUCCAGCUCAAGCUGGCGCCCGUCGUUGCCCUGGCCCUGGAGUGGUGCUCGCGUGACCGCGAGGUGGCCAUCAAGGCCCUGCGCAAGGCCCUGCGAGCGCUUGAGGGGGUCCAGGGUCACAUGACGGCCGUCGGCCGUGAGCUGGCUGACCACUCGGCCUCGUGCGUCGACUAUGACGUGUCCACGGGUCCCGUCUCCAUCCACCUGCCCCUGUCGCGCUUCGUGGCGGGUCUCCUCCUCUGCCUGGAUCGGUUUGGCUUGGGCUACGACUCUCACGAGUUCCAGUUCCGAGGCAAGCCUACGCCCGAGCAGCUCAUGGAGCUCCCGCUGCGGACACAGGUGAUGGUGGCCCAGUUCCGGGCGGGUAUGUGGCGUCGGAAUGGCUACUCCCUGCUCAACCAGAUUUACUUCUACCACAACGUGCGCCUUAGGAAUGAGACAUACGACCGUGACAUCACCCUCCUGCAGUGGAACUCCUCCUUCUCUCGGCCGCAGGUGCUGAACCUGGUGCUGGAGCGCUCGACCAGCCCCAGCACGGGUGCAUUCUCGGAGACCCAACUGGAGAAGACGCUGCACCUGAUCGGGGUGGCACUGCACGAGGAACAGCGGCUGCGGGACAAGGGGGUGCCCAUGGCCGACUCGUUCUUCGCCUUCACCUCCCGGGCCACACAAGGAGGGCUGGCUGCCGCCCUCGAAAAGUGUGCCUCCUCGCCUCGUGCGCCCAGCCAGAAGCCCCUGCUGGACCACACGCUCCGGCACUUCAAGAGAGUCCGCGACGGCCCUUCCGAAACCGCCUCGACCCCCAUGGAGGUCGAGGACUCCUCCGGCAGUGCCAGGUCCGACGGAGGCGGCGGCGGGGGAGGCAGCGGUCGCAACGCGGCCGCGGCCGCAGCCCGGCGUGCCCGCAUCAUGGCCCAGAUGUCGGCCAUGCAGAAGAACUUCAUCCGCGAGUACUCGGACCUCUUCAAGGAGGCCACCGAGACGGAGGUGGCGUCGGCCGCGGCCCCCGAGGUGGUGCGGCACACGUGCAUCCUGUGCCGCGAAGACGAGGAGCUGUCGUUGAGCGGCCGCACCCUGGUGCUGUCCGUGCUGGUGCAGCGAUCCACCGUGCUCUCCAAGGAUCGGUCACAGCUGCCACUGCCCCCACCGUCCUCAGGCGGGGAGGACGAGGACGAGUCCCAGUCCAAGAAGGAGGGUUCGAACCCCCUGGACGAGGAAGACCCCACUUGUGCCUUCGGGGACCUGCGCUAUGGCCCCCAUGCCAGCACCUGCGGCCACGUCAUGCACGCCCGCUGCUGGCAGAAGUUCUUCGAGUCGGUCGUCACCAAGGAGCGACGGCGGCCGGCCAGGUAUGGCCGGCACAUCAGCUUCAACGUGGAGAAGCGCGAGUUCCUCUGUCCACUGUGCGAGUGCCUGAGCAACGCGGUGGUGCCCCUGCUGCCACCGGUGUCGGCGCUGGUGCCUUCAGAGUGCCUUGAACGGGCUGCCCAGGUUCAGGCCCUUGGCCCCGACCCAGGCUUUGAGGCAUGGCUGCGGGGUGCCCGCCUGGCCCUGGAGCGAGCCACCCUGCUGCGUCGGGAGGGUCCCUCCAGCGAGGACAAGAUGCACCCGCGACUGCUGCCUCCGCCCCUGAAGGAGGUGCUGGAGGCGAUUCCUCCCGAAGCAGCCAGCCACCUGUCCCGCCUGUACGCCUGCUACAAGGAGCCCGCGGGCGCCAACGCAAAUGGUGCCGGCAACGGCGCAGAGGGUGCCGGUGGCCUGCAGUUCCCCGGCACCUUGUCUGAAAUGCUCAAGCUUUUCUGCCAGGCCUGCUACAUGGUGGGCCUGGAUGCGCACCCCAACGUGGACGACGACCGGGUGCCCGCCCAGGUGUGGUGGUCGUGCGCCUACACCAUCCACGGGGCCGAGUGGCUGCUGCGGGGCAAGCCCCUGCUGGGGGACCUGUCAGCGCGGCGCUUGCACUGCCUCGAGGCCCUCGUCCGCACUGCGGCCGCCUCGCUGCGCGUCUCGCCCCCCGAGGCCGUGUCCAGCCACUGCCUGCGACUGCUGGGCAGGGUGUUUGCUGUGGCCAGCCCGCCCGGUACAUGCCCCAACAGUUCUCAAGACGGCGAUCCUGCAACAUCACCAUCUGCAAGUUCUCAACCUGCCACCGACAUGGGGACGGCAGCAGCACCGUUCUGUGCCGAAUCUUCCAAAGAUCCAGUGACAUCGACCAUGUGCCUGGCGCAGGACAUCCUAGGCACGGCAGGCUUGUCGCCGUCUGAACCCAGCCUGCCUCCAUCAGUGGCCAUGACUCUGAAGACGGCUUCCAGUGGGUCUGUGCUGGACAUAGACGCAUUUGGACUGCUGGUGGCGCUGUGCCUGUCGGCACCGUCGUUGUUUGCCAACACUGCACCCCUGCCCCUAGGGGGCGCCCUAGACGGUCACGUCCUGCGGCUAGUCCUUGCCCUUCACCUGGUACAGGUGAUCCUAACGGUGGAGCCGCAUGAGGAGAAGAUGGAUACGGACUCUCCAUCACCUGUUGAGGAGCAGCACAAAUCUUCCGAGUCCGACUUGAGGUUACUGGACUUCUGCAGGGAAGUGCUCUCUGCUGCUGGAAUGACACCGCAAAAUCUGUCAGCGUUAGGUGCACCAUUUGUGGAGGCGGUGCACGAGGGCCUGCGCCCGUUCCUGCGGUGCAGUGCUAUUUUCCUGCACUUCCUGAGUAGCCGGCCACCCCCCGAUGCCUUGUGCCUGGCCGGUGGCGACACCUGGGGGGCGCUUUGCGAGUUCCUGUCUGUGCCGACCGACCUGUCCAGUGUCCUGGCACCCCCACUGCUGCGGCAGCUGGCGAUAGGGUGGGCAUCACAUCCGCAGGUGCGUGUGCAACUACGCUCCCCGCGUCUCCUGCGGCACCCCGUGCAGCCCAACCGGCUGGUGGAGCUGCCCAGUGACUUCAGCGAGCUUAUCAACGAGGCGUCUCUCUUCCGCUGCCCCAACUCGGACGGGGACGACUCGCGGUCGCCCACCCUGUGCCUCAUCUGCGGCCGCAUCCUCUGCUCUCAGAGCUACUGCUGCCAAGUGGAGGUGGGUGGGGACCGGCUAGGUGCAUGCAACCUGCACGUCACCACCUGCGGUGCAGGCACGGGGCUCUUUCUCCGAGUGCGGGACUGCAAGGUGCUACUCCUGGUGGGUCGCACCAAAGGUUGCUACCUUCCGCCCCCAUACGUUGACGAAUACGGCGAGACCGACGCAGGCCUGAUGCGCGGCAACCCAUUGCACCUGUGUCCACGGCGCUACGAGCAGCUGCAGCACCUGUGGCUCUCGCACGGCAUACCUGAGCAGGUGGCGCACGCUCUUGAGCAGUCAACAGGUCUUUCGUCAACGAACUGGGCCCUCAUGUGAAUCUACAAAAGUGGUGGCGCAGUGCCGGUGCCGUGUGAAGGAUGUCUGUAAGAAUAGGAAAUGUGCUUGUGCGAGCUUGUAGCCACAUUGGAACUGAAUUCGUGAAUUCCUGCCGAGUGGUGCCCCACAUCACUGCCCUGUGCGAACACAUUGUUCUCUGCGUGGGCAGGGAUGUGGUUCGUGGCCCUGCACUCCUCCAGUGUGUGCGGAGCAGGGUCAUGUGCACUUGGAUGUCUCGUCUGGUGGUUAUUGCCCGCGUGCAGCCAUGUUGCACGAACAAAGCCUGAACGGAGCCCGCUAUGUACCGAUGUCGUGGCAAGCUCGGAGAGAGUGAGAGUUGCCCUCGGCACUUGGACGUCUCGUUUGUCCGAGUGGUCUCUUUGUACUAAGACUGGUAAACAAGGUUCCCAAUUUCCCCUGGGACUUCUUUGAUGCGAGACUGAUCCUGUGAAAAAUGUGAGCGGGUACUUGAGUGCCAUUCAGGACUUUCUACAGUUGUGUUGGGUCCUUUUGCCUGGAGGAAGUGCAUGCUUUGUUGGAAUAAGGGACAGACUGCUCGUGGUGGAAAGGUGAGAACACGGGGUGUUCGCCCUGAUGUGCGCUACGCAAGACGGGCCCUUGUGCUGGAAAGCAAACAGUUCAGUUAUUCCUGCAGCUGGGCUGUUGGUGUGGAAGGUAACUAAACGCAAGAGCAUCUUUGUAAAUGAGAGCAAUGCGGGAGGGGCAUGCUUUUACUGGCGAUGGUGCCUGUGCUAGUUAAUGAGCCAUGAGUUCUAAGGCCUCAACUUUUGGCAGCCCUUGAAGAAGUAAUAGAAAGCCCCAGUGCCUAGAAAAAUCCAGGAAACUACUGCAUUUAGACAAUUCGCUACCAGAACAAUUGCCUUUUCAGGUGGGCUUGUGUAGAGCAUGGCAUUGCUGUUCAGCAUGAUGCCCACACAGUGCUACAAGCUGCUUGGUGAUGCCGGCCACAAGUUUUGAUGUCUUGAGUAGGACAGCUAAUUCAGUGCUGCUUUAAUAGCCAGCUCCUUGCUUGUUCAGCGGAGUUGACAUCACCAUUUUUUGUUCUCCUGGCUAGUGGCGGCUGGAAGGCAGCUGCGUAAAAGUAAGCAUCUACCAGCUCUCGAAGCACUGGUGGCAAGGUCAAUAGGCCAUGCGAGGGAAUGACUUCAAACACUUAUUCGGGCAGUUGUGCCUGAGUGUUCCGGUGUGCCACUUGUUUUAGUGGUUGCUCUUUAGUUUUGCUGAUGUGGCUGCAGGUGUCCCAGAAAGGCUUUAUUUUGUUGUAUCAGAAUAGGUUGGCAAAAAAUGAAUGUGCCCCAUGCACGAAGCAGCAGGCAGGGCCUGCUGGUUAGAAUAUGGUUAGGCCUUUAUGGAUAAAAUAUAACUUUCGGUUGAACGUGCCUAGCAGCGUCUUGGGGCUGAAGUGACCUACAUAGCUGCCACUUGUAACAGAGCGGGUAAGCUGGCAUGUGGUUUGGUUGGCCUUUCGUGUAUUGGGUUUCGUUUCUUGGUUUGGUGUUGCAUCUCGAGUUUUCAGUCAAAACACUCGAAUGUGCAGCAAUUUUGCCGAGAAUAAUCCUUGCGUUGUAUUGGUAAAUUGUCAUCUUCGCAAUCACAUUUACAACAAUUUAGUAGGUUGUAUAAAAUGCUACAGGACAGGAAGUUCUGUCAACCAUUUUUGUAAUUGUAGGAUUCGGUAUGUAUCUUAACUGUUCAUGGAGAGCUCAAGAUUCCUGCAGUACCGCCCCUUCUAGUUAUGUUGUCAGUUAUAUAUAUCAGCGGAAGUGAUGAUGUUUGUUUGUAGUAAGGCUUUUGAACGAUGUGCAGUUCACUGCUAUUUAAAGAUGCCGCUCAUAUUUUAAUUGUCCUGAGUUUGUUGCAUAAUGUGAUGGGAAUAACAGGAAGUUUUGUGGUUCAUUGAAUCGCAUUGCAGAUGCUAUAACCAUGUGGCAGAAUAAAUUCAGCAGUAUUAUUGAAUACGCUAAAAUUCGGUUUAUUAUGUGGCUAAGGUGAUGCAAGGCAGUAAUGCAUGUUGGAGUUUUCCUUUAUGUGUACUGUAUCUCCAGCAGCUGCACUUACCUUUUCAGAAACUGGUAAUGUUUUAUUCCACUUUAUUGAAAUGUGUGCUCACAUAAUGCUCCUGGUUGAAAUGGUUUCAUUCGUAGCAUAGCACACUUGUGAUGUGGUAUCUUCUCUCAUUUACUCUAGUGUGUUCUUGUUUUCGAAGUCAUUUUGAAUAUAUAUAUAUAUAUAUAUUUCAAAUUUUCCUAACUUUGAGGUGAUCAGUGCUUUUCUAUAUGCUCUGAACAACUUCCGGUGCUCAAAAUUUGUACAGUUUUUUUUUUAUUGUGGUUUUGAAUGCUCACUUUUACCUUUUUGGUUGAAGGGCCUGAGGUGACCAGCCGUUAGGGAGUUUCAGAAAUAGGCAUCCUAAACUUUGGGAGUGCAAUUAGUGAGUUUUAGGUUCUGUGCAGCCAAAGUUAUGGAAUGGAAACCACCGGGUGUACAAAAUAUAACGCAAAAAAGUAAGAAUGCAAAAAGAGUAUAAAAGAACACAAGCAGGCCAUGGGGUGUUGGGUAGGCAAGGCUGCCUGGGGGCACUAUUUUUAAAUCUUCCUAUUGGCUUGGUGUACAAAAGAAUGCAAGAAGUACAAAGGAGCUUAAAAUGUGUACAAAGAAAUUGGGGGUUUCUGGGUAUGCAAGGCAACUGUUUCUAAAACUCCAUUAUUUGGGCUUGGCAGUUGUUGCCUUAUAAGACAUGGGUUAGUUCUCAAAACAUUCGAACAGGCUUGCUGCAAUAACGAAUCUCAUGAAUUUUGAAAGAAUUGCUUGAACAGUGGCUUGGCAGACUGGUUCGGGCAGAAAAAAACUCUUAUGUGGAUCGAUUUUGAUGCCGUGAGGCAAAUUACUUCUUAGUCUUUGCCCAUGCAUUGAAAAGCUGCGAUUUGGAACAUCUUUGUAAAAGUUGACCCUCAGUUGAGGAUGCUGUACCUUCAUUGUGAGGUGGUUAAUAAACGAACACUAAAUGGAAAUAUUAAGUCGAGCUAGAUUUCGAGAUAAGGCUUCUGGUAAUAACAAACAAAUUUGUCAUUCCUAGCAACAACGGAGCUUUCGUGAGCGAGAAAAUGAUGAAAAUGGAAAAUUGGAGUGGUGACACUUGUUGUAGACUAUAAUAGCUCUCCUGCGACAUUAGCACCGACUGAUUCAUGGAGAGCGCUAUUGAGGGAGGUCACGUGGAGGUGACGUCAACUCGUCCGUCUUGGCGCGGGCGGCUCAAGUUGAGGACCAGCAACGGGACCUUCGGUAGCAAUAUUUUACGCACUGAAGUGAAAUAUUGGCACACAAGCCGACUACAGUGGAAUCUCGUUGAUAGGAUUCUGCAUAAUACAUUUUUUUUUCCCCCGAUAAUACGAUUUGGUUGGAUAAUACGUUGGAUUAUACGAUUUUCGGAUGGUACGCUUUAUUUUCCGGUUCCCGUGAGGAUCAUAUCGACAAGAUUCCACUGUGUAGACUUCUGGACAAAGAAUCUAUUGAUCUAGCUUGGCUUAAUAUUUUCAUAUAGUGUCCCUUCUUCAUUCAUUCUAUUAGCUGUAAUGGAUCUCAAGCUGGCCCAUGUUCUAAAUGAGCUCAAUGUAGGUAAUUUAGGCAACUAAUAAAAUAAGCCUGUCCUACUGUUAUGCAAGGGCAGUUUUGAAGAUAACGAAAGGUUAUCUGGAGUUCUGGGUAAUUUCAAGUCAAAAAGUCCUCAUUGAAAGCCAUAACCUGCAUGUGUUUCUUGCUGAAGUGCUGUGGAACAGCGAGCACAUGCACGUAGAGGCAGACUGGACAAGUAUUGUGGUUUUCAUGCAUCUUGAUUGCAUUAGGUGACUUGGAUAGAUAGGUUGCAGAGUGUAUUUUUCUUUUUUGCUUUAGACACAUUGCACUUAAAAUUUUAGGUUCUGAUGAUGUUCAUUGUGUUCAUUACCAGGCGUUCUUGUAUUGUUUCGGGCACCUUUUAGCGACAUUGUCUUGCAGUGUGCGCUGAUCUCGUGUAUGAAGUGCCCAGGCAGGUACAUUUGUCUUUCUGAGGCUAACCGUAAGCCUGUGAGUUUGUCACAGCAUAAAAAUUUGUCUUUUAUUCAUAAUGUGAAACUUUAUUUCAUUGAUCACUACUGUGUGUUCUUAGGAUCGGUUAUACACCUUUUGUUGUGUAAUUUUGUUACGUGAAAGUGCAUUUAUUUGGGACUGAAUUUCUAGUACUUUCUUCUAUAUCGGGAAUGCUACACGCAUUGUCCUUCUAAUUGGAAAGUACUUAGUAAAGAUAGAAAAUGCACACAAUUACUGCUGUGUGACAGGAUUACUCACAGUAGGGGGCUAAAAAUUUAAGGGUGCAUCUCAACUCAGUGUCACACCUUUUCACCAGGCCAAGCCAUGUAGGCUUGCAAGGGCCCACUUGCACAGCCUGUCUGAUCAGCUGCUGUGAAUUUCCUAGAAUGCCACUAUGAGAUGUCGCACGACUCCUGGAUAGACAUCUGAGAACGUUCAUAUCAAAGUGUUUUUUUUUCUUUGCUCUACGCCGUUCACUCCUGCCAGCAUUGCAAAUUCUCAAGAAAAGGCAAAUGAGAGAAAGGCUCUGUUGCAUACGUGUCGAGUUGAGGGUGUGCCACCUUGUUUGUCUUGCUCUCUCUGGAAGCACCUCAGUUCACUUUGUUUGCGUGUACAGACCGGGUGGUGUGCAGCGGACAGGUCUUGGGUGGGAAGGUGGCCCGUUUUUAAUUCUUUGUGUGCCUUGAGGGAUGUUGGAGCACACUCGCUGUGAACAUACGUGCUUGUGAUCACUGUUUGCAUGGAUGCUUUUAUUUUCCGUGCGUCCAGGACGGUGUGAGCGACUUUGGUCGCAUUUAAUAAAAGAAUGCUAUGUUUGGGA